AUGCGUCAUAGAAGAUCAAGUUCAACAGAUUACAUCAGUGAGAUCCCGAAAGAGAUUCUAUUUAUGAUCCUAUAUAUGUUGCCUAUAAAGGAAUUGGUGGCAAUGGGAAGUCUCUCCACACGAUGGAGAUAUUUAUGCAGUAAGUUAGUGAAACUUAAUUUUGACGGCACUCCGAUGUUAGAAAGAAUGGCUAAGGAUCGAAAGUUGUGGACUUUAGAGCGACAGAAGUAUGUCAGUCAGGUUAAUGAGUUCAUUGAACAUCAUGACUAUGAAACCAUUCAAGAAUUCCGUAUUCGUUUUGAUUUAGAUAACGAAUACGAGGAACAUAUUAAUAGAUGGCUCCAGUUUGCAGUUAAAAAGAAAGUUGAGAUUCUUGAACUAGAUUUGAAUAGGAUUGAUGAGAAUGUUGGCUGUUACGAAAACUAUGUUUUCCCUAAACGGUUAUUGGAUCGUGAAGUAAAACACACGGUCAGAUGGCUGUCACCCAAUUCUUCAGUUGUGCAGAUCCCCUUUUUAAAAAAACUGUUCUUGAAGAACGUUAACCUCACUGAUGCGAUCUUGAGGGAAGUCCUAACAAAUUCUCGAUUUCUUGAAACAUUAUCCAUUCAUGGUGAAGUACACCUUACGUAUGUGGAUGUUGGUGGACGAUCGAUCAAGUUAAAGCACUUAGAAAUAGUCUCUUGUUCGAAUCUUAGAUAUAUUUAUCUCUAUGAAUUUGACCUUGAAGCAUUCGUGUACAAGGGUCCAACAAUAAGUUUAGAACUUGAAGUUCUUCCGAAGCUUAAAUUACUUGAUAUUCAAACCGGAGUGGCUUGGUUGGAAAAUAGCCUAUUCAACCGAAUGUCAUGUUGCCUUUCCCACAUUCAAGUUCUUUCCUUUAUCAUCAAUUAUCCAAAGGAAAGCUUAAAGUUUGACUCAAUUCCCAAACUACCAAAUGUCAAGAAUUUAAGGCUGACAAUUGGAGCUUGCAGAGGUGAUAGCUUACUAGAAUUCACUAACUUGGCUAAAGCUUGUCCGAGUUUGGAGACUUUAACAAUCGAGCUACGUUGGGAGUCACCGAUGAAAAGGAGGAGGAAUUUAAGGCGUGUUGCAAGUACUCCCCAUCAUCAACUGAAAACUUUCGAAAUUGUGGGGUAUUCUGGUCGAAUCAGCGACUUUGAACUUGCUGCACACAUCAUAGAGAAUGCUGCUAGACUCGAGAAAAUAUUGAUUGAUACUCGCCACCAGAGUGAGACGGUAACCACAGGUGUAAAGAACAGUUCAAAGAAAGAGGAAGCUGCACGAUCAUCUGCAAUGCGACAAUUGAAAUCAAUAUCUCUUGGGGAUGAAGUGGAUUUGGUUAUUCUCUAG